AUGCCCGUGGGCACGCUGGCGGCCUUUUCAACCCCAGCGACUUCCCCUCUGCCAACGGCAGUUUCUGACAAGAACGAGAAACUCGAGUACCGACGUCUCACAGCCAUGUUCCAUCUUCGCGAAUUGUGGGAUGGGAAAUGGCAUUCGCUGCCCACCUCAAGGUGGCUCUCCGAGGCAUUCCAGGACACCACCGCGAGCGAUUCGCCUGGCUCACGAACAACGCACAUCGAGCCGUUUGCCUACCCCGCUUCCCUAUUCACCGCAAGUGUCGAGACUUCUGCUUCUGAGAUGAUGACUGCUUUGUGA